UGAACCGACAAACAGUCAAUCUGUUUAUCUUUAUGUGACGAUUUAAAAAAAAUUAAUCUAAGCACAGAAAGUACAGUUGGCUCCUAAUUAGACUUAUUUGGGUCUAUAUUUGUAUAUGGAAGAAGGGAAAUUGCGGUCGUGUCUCCAUAGUAAAGGAGGAUGACGUGGAUCGACGCGAUCUCCAACGCGGGGAGUGAAACGGUGCAUAAGUAAGAGCUGGAAGAAUAAAACUCGCGAUACUGUAAUGAGAGAUGAAGACAAACGAUAUCUCGCCUCAAAUCCGUCCGACUACGAAGACCUGAGAGAGAGAGAGAGGAAGGAAAGAUCCAGACGCUGUGGGUAACAAAGUGACGCGUUGAAAAGUUUAAAGAGCAAGACUGGGAGAGAAAAAAGAAAGAGAGAGAGAGAGCUGGAGAAUUUCAUCUCAUUCUGGACGCAGCCUACAUUGGACAGCAUCCGUCCGCUGCCGCAGAAUGAUUACGAGCAGCAAAACGACUCUUGCUUUCCUCAUCUAUGGGCUCCUAGUUCAAUGCAAUGUGUGUUCGCCUCUGAGUUACCCGAAAAUCAGAAUGGAGACUGCAGGAUUUGAUGAGGAGGGAAACUCAUUAACGGAUGUAACAUUUGACAGUGACCAGAUCACUAUACGAAGCUCUCCUACAGUCACUGAAGACGCAUACACGUUAUUUAGUCCUCCAUCAAAAAGACUGGAAAGGCACGCUGACGGGAUGUUUAAUAAAGCCUACAGGAAAGCGCUCGGCCAGUUAUCCGCGAGGAAGUACCUGCAUACACUGAUGGCAAAACGUGUUGGAGGAGGGAGCACAACAGAAGACGACAAUGAACCACUCUCAAAACGUCACUCGGACGGGGUUUUCACGGACAGCUACAGUCGCUACCGGAAGCAAAUGGCCGUGAAGAAGUAUCUGGCCACGGUCCUUGGCAAAAGCCCUGAAGACUUAGAUUUGCACCAAUUUCUACAAGACGUAGACUUUGGUGUGCUCCCGGAUGAGGAUGAGAUUGAGGCUUUUUUGUUGGAUUGGCUGAGACAGUUUUCUUCUGAAUUCCCGGCUUUGUGACACAGGAGGCAGCUAGCGGCUUGGGUGCCUUUGCUUCAUCUUUAAAAUGGCCACCAAUUUCAGAUGGCACAUUAGUGGCCCUCCAAAUGCUGCAAUCACCUGCUCACACGUCUCCCAAAUAUUUCUCACAUAACAUAAUUGGUUAACAUGCCACCCGGCUCUGCCUUUCCGGUUAACUUCUCUAUGCAUAGUGUGUUGUAUCUGUACAGCGUUCAUUAAACAUGACCAAUCUUGAAAUUCAUUUUGUGUGCAGAAACUGUGCCCGAAGCCUUACUUAAACGUUGAGAUCGAGCUCUGUGUCUUGUGUUGAUCAUUAGUGCUAUAACACAUGGGAGCCACACAGGGUCUCCAUUAUAUAUAUAUAUAUAUGUAAGGAAAAAAAAAACGAGAUAAAAAACAAACAAAAAAAACAACAACUGUGCUGUAAGAUUUGUAUGAAUAAAUUUUUGUAAACAACA